AUGCCUCGCUCCCGCUCCGGCUCGCCACCGCGCCGCUCUGCCUCUCCCGACAGGUCCGACAAGCCGAAACAAUGGACACAACGCCGUCCAAAGGAACUGAGCUUCUACAAGCGCAGUGCAAGGGACUUUGGCCAACCCUCGACCGGACCAGCAGAGGAAUACGAGGAAACAGCCAAAGAACGCGCCCAACGCCGCGAACGCGGAGAAGUACCUCGCCGCUUCGGCGGUACUCGCGACCAGGGCGUGCGUAAUACGAUGGGCAAUGUCCCAGCGGCCAUGGGAAGCUUGAAGCGCAGUGUGGACCCACUUGACCGAAUGGGGGUUAGGGGAGAGAAGCGGGACCGCGACCGCGACCGUGAACGGGAUCGUGACAGGGAUCGUGACAGGGAUCGUGAUCGCAGCGACCGCGGUAGGGACGACGCGCUGUACGACCGCGAGCGGGGGCGGCGGUACGAGCGGGUCGAUGAUGGCGAUUAUCGUCGCGCCUCGGAUAAGGCGGAUAUGCGGCAUCCUGAUCGGCGAGACAAGGAAGAAAACAAGGACAAGGACAAAGAUAAGAAGAUCCAGCAAGUUUCGGCAAGCAAGGUUCGAGCUGGGCGGAUGAUCGAGGUCAUUGCCAAUGACCGGAUGGGGCGCAAAGUUCGCAUCAAGUGCCUCCCAUCGGACACGGUGGGCGACCUCAAAAAGUUGAUUGCGGCGCAGACGGGCACGAACGCGUCCAAGAUCCAACUCAAGAAGGCGUACAUCAUGUUCAAGGACCACGUCAAGCUCGAGGACUAUGAGAUUAAUGAUGGCAUGGGUCUCGAAAUGUACUAG